CCCGUGACCCCAAUCUCCAUCCCAAAUCUACCCAAAAGAAAAGCAAAGGUCACACUUACUAAAACAACCGCUCUUCUCCUCUCCCAUUCUGCCGGAAAGUCCCAGAAUGCUGCUCGACUACCAUACUUGAGAAUCCGACAUAUUAAAAAAGUAACAUGGCCGCCACCGUCGAGGAAGAACGAGCCAUCGAGCUUGCCCGCAGCGCCGGGGAUAGCAUCAAGGCCGGGAAGCUGUCGGAUGCCGCUAGAGCCCUCCGCGAGGCAGCUUCCAUUGCACCCGAACAGGCAGAAGUCAAGGCCGGAUUCGAAGCGUUGAAGCAAGAGGAGGACAGCUCGCCAUUGUUGUCGCUUUGCAGUAAAUGGCUGCACAGCCGGGAAGAGGAGGACGGGGAAGCGGUGCUGGACUUGAUCAGAGGGAAGACGCUAAGCAUCAAGGACGCCGAGGGUGCGUUCGCCAUCUUGACGGACUUCAAGGGAGAGGACGACGUGCUGGACCAUGUUACUGGGAUUCUGUUGGUUAAUCCGGGGGCUCAGGCUUUGCUGGUUAAAGGUGUUAUGGAGCAUCCGACGCAGACGUACUACGAAUUGUUCGAACGCGGAGACGAUAGUAUCGAUAGUCUCCUCAAGGUUCUUCUGCAACGCCCGGCAUGGCCAUCGGAUGAGGCAUUCAUUCAGGGACAUAGAGAUUGCUUCAUGUUAUCUCUGGCCAUGAUGAUGGAAGAGGCUCUCGAGCAUCCCGAACGAGCAAUGAAAGGUGUGGCGACGUUAUUAGCCGCCCACGCUGAGCACCUCAAAGGCAUCAUCGAUGCUGACAGCUUCGAUGUCAUAUUGUCAUCUCUAGAUAUCCGUCUUCCCAACAGUCUACGGAGUCAGGCCACGCUCGCCACUAUCAAAUUGUUCGAACUUGCUCCCGAGACAGCGCAGGGCCUCAUCAACAAAUUCGUCACAGACAGGGUCACGCGGUCGACAGCUGACGGCCUGGUUGUUGCUUUCUCUGCUGCCGCAGCUAUUUUCCCCAUCACCACCGCAUCAGCAGCUGCUCUGUUCCUCACAGAAGGGUUUGUCAGUUCGCUUCCUCAGCUCGUGCGGAGUAAGAAAAGUUCUCGCCUUGUCCAUGCUUCUCUCGAGCUCGUCAGUCAAGCCUGCAUGGACAAGACAUGCCGCGAAGCUGUGAACAGACAUUGUCGUGAGUGGCUCGAGGAGAUAGCUGCCACCGAGCAGGACAGGAAUCGUUCCAACCUCGCGGCGCUGGUACUGGUGAAAUUAGGUGAGGAGCCGGCAUCUGAUGGACCUCAGAUCAUAGUCCCCGGGGCAGCCAAGGUGGAUCAAGACGACCUUCUUUUACGUUUCAAAUCCAUGGUUAUAUCAUCUUCAGAGACAGGGUCCAAGAAAGACCCCGUAGAAGGCCUUGCUUUUGCUUCGCUCAAGCCCAAGGUCCGCGAGACACUUGCAAACGAUCCCAAAUUCCUCCGCCGCCUCAUCGAGACCUUGAAGGAACCCCAGGUAUCUGCCGAAGUGCUUUUCGGUGGGCUCACCAUCCUCACGAACCUGACUGCCUAUCUGCCACUUCAAUCUGAAGAAGAGAAGCGCAUGGCAGAGUUGAAAGCUUACGCCGCAACGCGCAAACCCACCGAGCCAGACCCGCUACUGGACGAGGCCCAUGUCACUGCACGCUGCAAACAUGUCCUCGACGCUGGGACAGUCCCCGUCCUCGUCUCCAUAAGCAAGAAGGGCAGCCCGGCCGUGAUAUCCCACGCCCUCCAGAUCGUGCUAUCCCUCUCCUCAGGAAAACUCCACCGCGGUACCCUCGCCCAACAAGGCGCCGUCAAACUCCUCGUCCAAGUCUACGACCACAUAACCACUACCGAAUCCUCCCCGCAACCAUCCUCCACUCCCUCCUUCCCACCCACCACCAAAACCACCGCCGCCCAAGCCCUCGCCCGCAUCCUCAUCUCCAUCAACCCCUCCCACCUCUUCAACUCCGCCCUGCCCUCCACCUCCGCCAUCCGCCCCCUCUUCUCCCUCCUCACCCCGACCGAAGCCUCCUCCUGGCAACUCCACGCCUUCGAGUCCCUCCUCGCCCUCACCAACCUCGCCUCCCUCGACACACCCACCCAAGACACCAUAAUCCGCACCGCCUUCGACACCGUCAACGACGACCUGCUCCUCUCCUCCAACUCCCUCGUGCGCCGCGCAGCCGCAGAGCUAAUCUGCAACCUCAUGGCGUCCCCUCUCGGCAUCGAGAAGUUCGCCGACGGGUCCCCCCGCGCCAACCAGCGCCUCCAGGUCCUCCUCGCCAUCACGGACGUCGACGACGAGCCGACGCGCUCUGCCGCCGGCGGCGCACUCGCCAUGCUGCUUUCGUUCGACGAGGCGGUCGAGCAGGUGCUGAAUCAGGCGAAGGGGGUGGAUUACUUGCUUAAUUUGUGCAGGGAUGAGAAUGAGGAUGUUAAGCAUAGGGGUGUGGUGUGUGUGCGGAGUAUUAUCGGGGCGGAGGGGGAGGUCGGGGACAAGGCGAUGAGGGAGGUUAGGGAGAGGGGGGGUGUGGAUGUGUUGAAGGGACUGCUGAAGGAGUCGAGGAGGCAGGAGGUGCUUGCGCUGGGCGUGGAGACGCUGAAGAUUUUGCUGGGGCAGGAGUGAGUGAGGGGGUCGGAUGUAGGAAGUGAAUGAAAAGUGAUAUGGAAGCGGUACGGUAUGUAGAUAUCGUCAUAGUCUUUAUUUAUUGUAUGUGUGUAAAAAAUCAUGAAUAUAUCUCAAAAAGUCCUGAGCCAUCACUACAAGU